AUGGAUGACGAGCAGAGCGCCGGAGCUACGGCUACGACGUCUGGUCUAGGCAAACACGAUAAUGGUGUCCACGACAACCCGGAGGAUCCAGGGAGCACCAGCAAUGGCAUCAGCUCGCUGGAGCAACCCCUGCUGAGGAGAAACACUACCCUGACAGCGAACCACCUCGCCAUCGUCGGCGCCAAGGUCUCGCACAUCGAGAGCCUCGACUACGAGAUCAUCGAGAACGAUCUGUUCAAGCACGACUGGAGGAGCCGGUCCAACGUGGAGGUGCUGCAGUACAUCUUCCUCAAGUGGGCCUUGGCGUUCCUCGUCGGCCUCCUCACCGGCGUCAUCGCCUCGCUCAUCAACCUCGCCAUCGAGAACAUCUCCGGCAUCAAGAUGAUCCACAUGGUGCAGCUCGUCCGAGAUAAAAGAUACUGGACCGGCUUCUUCUACUUCUCCGGCUUCAACUUGGCACUCACCUUCGUGGCCGCCGUGCUUUGUGUGGUCUUUGCGCCCACCGCCGCUGGCCCGGGCAUCCCCGAGAUCAAGGCCUACCUCAACGGCGUCGACACGCCCAACAUGUUUGGUGCGCCACAGCUUAUUGUCAAGAUCAUCGGCAGCAUUUGUGCGGUCUCGUCGGGGCUCGAUCUCGGCAAAGAAGGCCCGCUUGUCCACAUCGGCGCGUGCCUCGCCAACCUGCUCAGCCAGGGCGGCGCCGGCCGGUUCCGCCUCCGCUGGAAGUGGCUGCGUUACUUCAACAACGACCGUGACAGGCGCGACCUCAUCACCUGCGGCGCCUCGUCUGGGGUGUGCGCGGCGUUCCGCUCCCCCGUCGGCGGCGUCCUGUUCGCGCUGGAGGAGGUGGCCACCUGGUGGCGGAGCACGCUGCUAUGGCGCACUUUCUUCAGCACGGCCACCGUGGUGGUGGUGCUGCGGGGCUUCAUCGAGGUAUGCCGCAACGGACGGUGCGCGCUGUUUGGCAAGGGCGGGCUCAUCAUCUUCGAUGUCGGCGACGUCACCGUCAACUACCACCUCAACGACCUCCUCCUCGUCACGCUCGUUGGCGUCAUCGGCGGACUCCUCGGGGCCCUCUACAACUACCUUCUCCACAAGGUGCUCCGCCUCUACAGUCUCAUCAACGGGAAGGGCCGGAUGGCGAAGCUGGCGCUAGCCCUGGCCGUGUGUGUGUUCACGUCGGUGGGGCUGUACGUGCUCCCGUUCGUCGUGCCGUGCACCCCUUGCGACCCGGUGUUGGGCGUUGCGUGCCCGACCAAUGGGAUGAGCGGCAACUUCAAGCAGUUCAACUGCCCUGCCGGCCACUACAACGACCUGGCCAGCCUCCUGCACGCCACCAACAUGGACGCGACGCGCAACAUCUUCUCCACCGGCACAUCCGGCGAGUUCCGCCUCGACUCGCUCCUCAUCUUCUUCGCCAUCUACUGUGUGCUGGGGCUCUUCACCUUUGGCAUUGCUGUUCCGUCGGGGCUCUUCCUCCCCAUCAUCCUCAUGGGCUCUGCCUACGGUCGCAUCGUCGCGCUAGUGCUACAGGACGUCGCCCGCAUCGACCACGGCCUUUACGCCGUGCUCGGCGCCGCGGCGCUCAUGUCGGGCUCCAUGAGGAUGACCGUCUCCCUCUGCGUCAUCUUCCUCGAGCUCACCAACAACCUGCUCCUGCUCCCGAUGACCAUGUUCGUGCUGCUCAUCGCCAAGACCGUCGGCGACGCUUUCAACCCUAGCAUCUACGAGAUCAUUCUGGAUCUCAAGGGAUUGCCCUUCCUGGAGCCCAAUCCAAAACCAUGGAUGAAGGACAUCACCGUCGGUGAGCUCGCGGCCGCCAAGCCGCGCGCUAUCAGCCUCCAGGUCGUCGAGAGGGUGUCCACCAUCGUCCAUGUGCUGCGGAACACCGGCCACAACGGGUUCCCGGUGGUGGAUCGGCCGAGACCUGGCUUGUCGGAGUUGCACGGGCUCGUGCUCCGAUCGCAUCUCGUCGCUGUUCUCAACAAGCGGUGGUUUCUCACGGAGAAGAGGAAGACGGAGAUGUGGGAGGCCAGGGAGCGGUUCUCGGCGGUGGAACUCGCCGACAAGAGCUGUAAGCUCGACGAUGUCGAGCUCACGCAGGAGGAGAUGGACAUGUACAUUGACCUCCAUCCAUUCACCAACACCACGCCCUACACUGUCGUGGAGACCAUGUCGGUGGCCAAGGCCGUCGUGCUCUUCCGAAGCGUCGCGCUCCGCCACAUGCUCAUCAUGCCCAAGUACCAAGGCCCUGAGAUAACUCCAAUUGUGGGGAUCUUGACAAGGCAGGACCUGAGGGCGCACAACAUCCUGGAUGCAUUUCCGAACCUGGCAAACAAAAAGAUGGCACAAUGA